CACAGAAGUAGUGCAAGAGGAACACACAAUGCCUGCUCAUCUAGUAGUGACUGUAAUAAUUAUACUAGCAGCUGUACAGGGGUAUUACUGCAAUCGCGACGAAGAGGCGCUCCAAUGGUACCACAAAGUUCAACGCCUUUAUAAAGAAACUGAACCUAGUUUCAUGGGAUGUUGGGGUUUCUGGAAGUCCAAUGAAAAAGUGGAAGCUUGCCAUGAAGAAGUAAGAAAAAAGAAGUAUGAAUUAAUGCUGGAGGUUAGAAAAGGGUGGUUGGAAAAGCAGUAUUUGCCUUCUGUUGAUGAUAUGCCAUGUACAAAAGGGUAUGCCUGGUUCAACAUAGGUCUGUUUGACGAUCCAGCUAAACUGCCCUGUGAUGAGAAAGCAUUUGAAAAACCUAAAUUUACCGAGGAUCAGAUUGAGACUAAAUAUAGGGAAUUGAAACAGUUAUGGCGGGAUUAUGAAGCAAUGUGUUAUUCUAAUUGCGAAGAACAGGAGAGAACAAGAGGUUUGAUACUGGCGGAGGCCCUCAAGAAAGCUGUUGAGGAGGGGUAUAUAGAUGAUAACUGCACACCGGAAGGCUUCGGCACCUGGAGCUUUGAUAGUGGAAUGCCAGAAACAGACAUGCCCUGUAUACCGAUGCAGAAAGAAACAAAAGAUGGAGGUUCUGGGACAAAGAAAUCGUCAUAAUCCUAUUAUUUGUUUAAUUGAGUAUAAAACGGAGACUUUGAAAAUAUCUCAUCGCAUACAUAAUAUAGUGGUGUGCACAGAGUUGA